AUGCGCUCCCUAUUACGAACACCCUUUACGCUCCUCGUCGCCGCCCUACUCACCCUAAUACCUCUCUCCUCCGCAGUCCGGUUAAUAGAGUCCCGUUCACUCAACCCGUGCCAAGCCAACUCCAGAUUCUCCGCCACUCUCUUCAACGUCAUCUUCACACCGGAUAACAGGACGCUGUCCUUCGAAAUCGUUGGAGUAUCGGCAAUCCAGGGCAACGUUAUCGCCGAAUUCGAGGUCAUCGCCUACGGCUACACGGCAAUCAAGCAGAGGCUUAAUCCAUGCGAGAGUGCCGACCUCAAGGGCCUUUGCCCGAUGAACACGGGCACAAUCAACAUCGAGUCUAAUGUGCCGCUGAGCGAUGAGGUAGUCCGCCAUAUCCCUGGCAUUGCAUAUACCAUCCCCGAUCUUGAUGGUAUCGUCCAAGUCCACAUUCACGACGCUGAAACUGGCGAGUCGCUAGCGUGCGUUGAAGCCGCUCUGUCCAAUGGAAAGACCGUGUACCAGAAAGGUGUUGGCUGGGUCACCGCCAUCAUAGCUGGUACCGGCUUGGUUGCGUCUGCCAUCACCAACGGUCUCGGACACUCCAACACCGCCGCCCAUGUCGCCGCAAACGCGCUCUCGCUUUUUGGAUACUUCCAGGCACAGGCCAUCAUUGGCAUGUCGGCGGUCCCGCUUCCCCCAAUUGUCUCUUCAUGGACCCAGAACUUUCAAUGGAGUAUGGGAAUAAUUCGUAUCGGUUUCCUGCAGAGGAUGGCUACGUGGUAUCAGCGCUCAACGGGCGGCACGCCCUCUACGAUUCUGUCCACACUGGCCACGACCUCAGUCCAGGUGCAGAAGCGGUCUCUCGAGGUAAUGCACAAGCUCGUGUCACGCGCCCUCGGCCGCCUGUCUAGCCGUACCAACGCCGACUCCAGUCAAGCCGAGACAAACCGAGUGAUCACGGUUCGCGGCAUUGAACGAGUUGGCUUCCGAGCGCACAUUGAGAUCACAAACAUCUUCUUGACUGGCUACUCCCUCUUUGUAGUCUUCGUCCUGUUCGUGAUUAUCGGGGUUGUUCUGUUCAAGCUCACCGUCGAAGGCCUUGCCAAGGGUGGCAAGAUGAAGGGCGACAAGUUCCAGGACUUCCGCAAUGGAUGGAAGACAGUCCUGAAGGGCAUCAUGUUCCGCAUCGUCCUCAUCGGCUUCCCCCAGAUGGUCGUCCUUUGCUUCUGGGAGUUGACGCAGCGCGACUCCGCCGCCGAAGUCGCCCUUGCAAUCCUCACUAUCGUUACCAUGACACUCAUCCUCGGCUGGGCCUCCUCAAAGGUCAUCCGCAUCGCGCAGCGCUCCAUCGCCAUGCACAAGAAUCCCGCCUACAUCCUCUACUCGGACCCCGUCUCGCUCAAUAAGUGGGGCUUCCUUUACGUCCAGUUCAAAGCCACAGCCUACUACUUUAUCGUACCGGUCCUGUUUCAUGUACUGCUCAAGGGCAUGUUCAUCGGGUUGGGCCAGGAGUCCGCCGUCGUGCAGGCCAUCGCGCUCGUGCUCAUCGAAGCUGGUCUUCUGAUCGCCGUCAGCAUCAUGCGGCCGUACAUGGACAAGAAGACGAACGCGUUCAACAUCUCCAUCUGUGCCGUCAAUUUUGUGUCGUCUAUCUUCCUGCUUGUCUUCACGGAUAUCUUUGACCAACCUGGCCUCGUCACCGGCGUAAUGGGCGUAAUCUUCUUCAUCUUCAACGCCGCCUUCGCGCUCAUCCUCCUCCUCAUGGUCCUCUUCUCCUCGGGCUACGCCCUCUUCUCCAAGAACCCAGACACGCGCUACCAGCCCAUGCGCGACGACCGCGGCUCCUUCAUCAAGUCCCAGACGCAGCUGACCACCGAGCUCGACGCGCUGGGCGCCACGGCCCGCGGCGAGGGCAACAAGAACGGCGCAGCAGGCUUCUACGGUAAAUCCCGCAUCGAGGACGCGGACGAGGAAGAUAGCCUCUCCAGCGGGACGCUUGAGCGCAGGGAUCAGAAGGCCAUGGAUGCCGGCGUCGCGACGCCGGCGAGUCAGAGCACGACGGCGUUUGGGUCGAGUAGUGGCGGGUAUGCCCCUGCGGACGCGAGACAGAACAGCCCGAGUCCGUAUUUUGGGCAGAGGAGUGACACGAGUUCCCCCGCGCCGGUGUAUAGGGGCGCGGAGAGGACGGGCACGAUGAGGAGCGAGCGGAGUGCGGGCGGGGGAUACAGGCAGCAGAAUUCGGCGAGUCCGUGGCAGAGGGGGGCGGGGUACGAGGGGUAG